CUUCUGGCAAGUUGGACCUAUGAGUGCGCAGCUCGACUUACAACGAUCAACAGCCCGGGAGGGUGAGCGCGUGUGAGCGCCGAGGGGGGCGCAGGACCCUUACAACUUCUUCGCAGGACCCCAGCCGGGCCGCCAGCGUCUGCUGCCGCCCGAGAGCCGCGCGCCCGCGCCUCCUCUCCGCGCACCGUGGAGGCGCCCCCGCGGCCGUCUCCUGCCAGCCCCGACGGGAUGCCCGCAGCCAUGCUCCCCUACGCUUGCGUCCUCGUGCUUUUGGGAGCCCGCACUGCAGAGGCGGCUGGGACGGUAAGGGCUGGCCGCCUGCACUGGGAACCGCACUGCCAGCAGCCCCUGCCCCACAGAGCACCCGUCACCGCACUGCUGCCCCCACGCCUGGAAGGGCCCUGGACCUCCACUGGCUGCGAGGUGCGCCCGGGCCCGGAGUUCCUGACUCGCUUCUACACCUUCUACCGCCCCCACCUCUUCCGAGCCCACCAGUUCUACUACGCCGACCCCUCGUGCCGGGAGCCCGCCCACUCCCUGCUCAUCAAGGGCAAGCUGCGCCUGCGCCGCGCCUCCUGGGUCACCCGGGGCGCCACCGAGGCCGACUACCAGCUGCACAAGGUGGGCGUCGUCUUCCACAGCCGCCGCGCCCUGCUCCAGCUCGCCAGGCGCCUCAACCAGACGCGGGCCGGCCGGGCCUGCGCCCGGCAGCUGCCCCCCGCCCGGGCCUGGCUGCCCGGGGCCCUCUAUGAGCUGCUGAGCGCCCGGGCCGAGCGGGACUGCACGGCCGCCCUGGGCUUCAGCAUGCACGAGCUCAGCCUGGUCCGCGUGCAGCGCCACCUGCAGCCGCAGCCCCGGGCCCGGCCCCAGCUCGUGGAGGAGCUGUACCUGGGGGACAUCCACACGGAGCGGGCAGAGAGGCGGCACUACCGGCCCACCGGCUACCAGCGCCCGCUGCAGAGCGCCCUGCACCACGCCCGCCCCUGCCCGGCCUGCGGCCUCAUUGCCCGCUCCGACGAGCACCACCCUCCUGUGCUGCCCCCCCCGGUGGCCCUGCCCCUGCGCCUGGGCGGCCGGUGGGUCAGCCCCGGGUGCGAGGUGCGCCCCGCCGUGCUGUUCCUCACCAGGCUCUUCACCUUCCACGGGCACAACCGCUCCUGGGAAGGGUAUUACCACCACUUCUCGGACCCCGCCUGCCAGCAGCCCACCUUCACCAUCUACGCGGCCGGCCACUACACCAGGGGCACACCGUCCGCCAAGGUUCGGGGCGCCACCGACCUGGUGUUCCAGGUCACGCGGGCCCACGUGACCCCCAUGGACCAGGUCACCACGGCCAUGCUCAGCUUCUCCGAGCCGAGCAGCUGCGGGGGCCCGGGGGCCUGGUCCCUGGGGACAGAGCGGGAUGUCACGGCCACCAACGGGUGCCUGCCGCUGGGCAUCAGGCUCCCCCACGUGGAGUACGAGCUUUUCAAGAUGGAGCAAGACCCCCUCGGGCAGAGCCUUCUCUUCAUCGGACAAAGGCCCACGGACGGGUCCAGCCCUGACACCCCCCAGAAGCGCCCCACGUCCUACCAGGCGCCCCUGGUGCUCUGUGACGCGGAGGCCCGGGACUUCUCCAGGCCCCCGCCGCCCAGGCCGCAGCUGCAGAAGCCCCUCAGUGGUGGGGGGCCGUGUCGUCGGGGGGCCACUCUCCCCUUCCUGCUCCUGGUUCUAGGGCUGGCCUUCCUGGAGAGGUUAUGAAGUUGG